AUGAGUUACAACAAUAGAGUUCCUCUCUUCCAUGUACGAGAAGCACAAGGCAUUCGUGUCUAUGAUUCAAAUUUUACAAACAAUGUCGGUCCAUGCAUGACUGUGAAAUCAAAUCUUGACGAGUUUUUAGCUGGUCCAACUUCAACCUUUCAAAUGUUUACAACAAUUUUUGAGAAUAACACAUGCCUCUCUGAAGGAUGCAAAGGAGGAGCUCUUCAACUGACCUUUUACUUGAUUCACCUUCAAUCUUCCACAUUCAGAAACAAUGCUGCUGUCAAUGGUGGAGCUGUUUAUGUGGAGACCAAGCUGCUCUCUUUGACGUUUGUGAACUUUAUUCAAAAUUUUGCCAAUUCUAAAGGAGGUGCCUUGUACGUGGGUUAUGGAACGUUUAAUGACGCUCUAUUGAGUGUUUCCUUUUCGUGUCUUUGCAAUACUGCAUUCUUUGCUGGAGGAUGUAUUUAUUUGGAAUCAACCUCUCAAGCAUCUAUUAACUGGAAGGACGUCACAUUCGACCAUAAUGAAGGGUUCUCUUAUGGAAUGAUAGAGCUGAAUCGUUGCAUUCGAUUACCUUCGACGUUUCUGUUCAGUACUCGUCUGGAAAUAACUCAACUUUUAGAAACAAUCAAAGUCCUGAGCUCUAUCUGUAUCCGGGACAAGUAA